AUGCUAGAGGCGGUUUCUGGCAGUGUGAUUGAGCUAGAAGACUGCUAUCUACCGCCUAGGUGGACGCUUGUGGAGCUUGACGAGAACUUGAAGCUAUGGGACGUGCACUUUAGGUCAACGGUGCGAGACCCUGGGAUUCUGCCUAGGGAAGUGGACUGGGGAGAGCGGUUUCUUCGGCCGAAGAAAGACAUCUUGGAUAGACUGGUCCCAAGUAACACGCUCUAUAAGCGAGUCGCGGAUAAGGUCCACCUAGUCAACAUACCUCUACAAGAUGGAUCAGUCCCGGAAGGACACGCUGGCUGGCAGGAAGUCUGCAUAAAGAAAUACCACACGCGAUUUCGCGCACGAGAUCAGCGGACUAGGUUCGACCAGUACCUAAAGCCCAGGAUUGCUGAGUUCGCACGAGGCGCUCGCCUAACCCCAGAACGUGAAGAGAAGCUGAUUUUCGGGACAAGUCUUUUGCCGGAAGAAAGAGAGCUACUAAGAGAACUGCUGUUUAAGCGAGAAGGUAUGCUAGCGUGGUCCUGGGAGCACAUCCAGAGGGUACACCUAGAGGUUUUCAGUCCAUAG